GAAAGAAAGAAAGAAAGAAAGCGCAAGGCGCGCAUUCCUUGACUCCUGGGAGAUUUCUGGAGCGCUGAGGUGCGUGAUUGGAGCUGGAUGCUCGCGCUGCCGCUAGGUCUUGAAUUCCCAUGGCGGCACUGUGCGCGGAUUUUUGGGGGAGAUUUCUCCCACGGUUCGCCCGGCGAUUCUUGUGUCGCCAGCGGGAUUUGUGUUGCCCGGAGCUCCUCUCCUGGUAGGAAGGAGGAUCGAUCGAGAAGGUGUCGGGCGGCAUCGGUCAUGGUAUUCCACUCGGAGGCUCAAUGGAAUUGGCACGUUGUGGAGCUGCGAGCCUGGACAGGGACGUCGAGCAGGCUAUUAUUGCACUGAAGAAGGGGUCUCAGCUUCUCAAGUAUGGGCGUCGAGGCCGGCCAAAGUUUGCUCCCUUCCGCCUCUCCAAUGACGAAACCACUCUCAUCUGGUUCUCGGGACGAAAGGAGAGGCAGCUCAGGCUGGAUGCGGUCACAAAAAUCAUUCCCGGCCAGAGGACUGCCAACUUUCAGAGAUAUCCUCGACCCGAGAAGGAGUACCAGUCUUUUUCUCUGAUUUACGGUAGUGGUGGCGAGGAGAGAUCGCUCGAUCUGAUUUGCAAGGACAAGGAUGAGGCCGAGGUCUGGUUCGUGGGCCUCAAGGCCCGUGUCUCCAGUAAUCGCACUCUAAAGGUGGACAAUAAAAGCGAAGGCACCCUAUCAGACGUGAACAGUCCCCUAGGCCGAGCACUAAGAGAUUCUCCGCUAAACUCAUAUGAUAGCUUCAAUCGCAGUCCAUAUGGAAGCCCGAGCUUGUUCAAGACGGCAUCAACUGGAGAGCUUCAGUCAGUGGAGUCAGCCAAAUCAGACUCACUGGCGUCCGAGGAAAGCUUGAAUGCACAGGGCAGAAGUGUCUCACUGGCGGAUGCGUUUCGAGUAAGCAUGUCAAGCGCCGUAAGCUCUUCCAGCCAAGGCUCGGGUCCAGAAGACAGUGAUGCUUUAGGAGAUGUUUUCAUCUGGGGUGAAGGUGCCGGAGAAGGCUUCUUAGGUGGUGGCGUUUGCAAGCUUACGUCUGGUGCAGGGAGCAGAGUAGAUUCGCUCGUUCCAAAGGCCCUCCAGGCGGCUGUGGUGCUGGAUGUAAGCAGUAUAGCCUGCGGCAGCAGACAUGCUGCUCUAGUCACCAAGCAAGGGGAUGUGUUCUGCUGGGGUGAAGAGUAUGGAGGCAGGCUCGGGCACGGCAUCGACGUAGAUGUUUCAGAGCCUCAACUCGUGCAGGCUUUAGCGGGUGUCAACGCCGAGCUUGUCGCCUGUGGCGACUUUCAUACGUGCGCAGUAACACUCUCGGGGGAACUCUACACCUGGGGGGCUGAUGCACAGAGUGGAGGACUUGUAGGACACAGCAAUCCAGUAAGUCACUGGAUGCCGAAGCGGAUGAGCUCUCCGCUGGAAGGAGUGCGUAUAUCUUCCAUCGCAUGCGGAGCCUGGCACACUGCUCUGGUUUCUUCUGCGGGCCAGCUUUUCACGUUUGGAGAUGGAACUUUUGGAGUGCUUGGUCACGGAGACAAGAGAAAUCUGGCUAUACCGAAGGAGGUCGAGUCCCUCAAAGGCUUGAAGACCGUGAGAGCUGCUUGCGGCAUAUGGCACACGGCAGCCGUGGUGGAAGUUAUCGUUGGCUACUCGAGUGCUACUUCAUGCUCGUCGGGAAAACUCUUCACCUGGGGCGAUGGUGACAAGUAUCGGCUGGGCCACGGGGACAAAGAGCAAAAGCUCGUUCCAACUUGCGUGGCUGCUCUCGUCGACUACAACUUCCGGCAGGUUGCUUGCGGGCACAGCCUUACGGUGGCACUAACAACUUCUGGGCGAGUUUUUACUAUGGGAAGUACCAUUUAUGGGCAGCUAGGAAAUCCCAAAGCCGACGGGAAGGUGCCAGGGAUGGUGGAUGGCGAACUCGCAAGAACGUUCGUUGAAGAGAUUGGCUGUGGUGCUCAUCACGUAGCUGCAUUGUCAUCAAAGACGGAAAUCUACACAUGGGGAAAAGGAGCGAAUGGAAGGCUGGGACACGGUGACGUUGAGGACAGGACCGCGCCGACACUGGUGGAGGCUCUGCGAGACAAGCAAGUGAAAACUGUUGCGUGUGGAUCGAGCUUCACAGCAGUCAUCUGCUUGCACAAGCCAGUCUCGGAUGCCGAUCAGUCCGUGUGUUCUGGUUGCAAGCAGGCGUUUGGCUUCACCAGGAAACGUCACAACUGUUACAACUGCGGUCUGGCCUACUGCCAUUCCUGCAGUUCUAAAAAGGCCUUCAGAGCAUCGCUGGCUCCCAACCCGUCCAAGGCAUACCGUGUCUGUGAACCGUGCCUCGCUAAGCUGGAGAGAAGUGCCAGCGAAGAGGUCGCCAGAAAGAGCCGCAAGUACAUGGAUGGCAGGGAGAGGCCGCUUAUCAGAGCCUCGAAACCGAUAGAGAUGAAACAAGUUGGAUACUACGGUAACAGCAGGAACACAGACGACUUUGCCGCUAAACACCAGACAGUCAUCAACAUUCCCACAGCAAUUCCAGAACGUAAGGCUGUUUCAGCCAAGCCCAGUCCUCCCAGGUCGGCUACUCCAACUCCCACAUCCGCUGGCCUUGCUCCCCCUGGAAAUGGACCUGACGAGCUCCAGAAGAAACUCGAGCUGUCACGGCAAGAGGUUCUACAUUUGAAGACGCAGAUUAGCACGCUGACGAGUAAAUAUGAACAACGUGAAAGGGAGCUGCGACGAGGUGCUCAAAAGGUGCAAGAAGCUGUGCUUCUUGCUGGAGAAGAAACUGCCAAAUGCAGAGCAGCUAAAGAGGUUAUCAAGUCUCUCACAGUUGAGCUCAAGGAGCUUGCAGAGCGAAUGCCAAGUGCACGUCGGCAGCAGCAAAGACAAGAAGUGCCAAAUGGUCGGCACUUCCCAGCACCAGAAGCAGAGAUCGACUUGAGACUCCAGACGAGUCCGACGUCUUCCAACAGCGCCACGGAUACAACGGUAGACAAACUUGUUCUUGGUUCUGGUCCCGAAGAAUGGGUGGAGCAAGACCAGGCAGGAGUUUACAUAACCUUGGCCUUAGCUCCCGGCGGUGGAAGGGAUUUGAAGCGCGUGAGAUUCAGUCGUAGGCGCUUCAGCGAGAAGGAAGCCGAGCAAUGGUGGCAAGACAACCGAGUGAGAGUUCAUCAGCAGUACAGCAUCAUAAGAACCUCCAACACCUCGAAGAACCCGACGUGAGUCCCGGAGCAGCUUAAGCAGCAGCACCCGU